AUGGUAUGCGCUUCCGCCCUCUUCAACUUCCAAUCUCUGCUACUCGUCCUCCUCCUGCUCAUAUGCACGAGCGCAUACGUUCACCACUUUACACCUGGCAUCAUGGAUCGAAAUAAGAACGGAUUCAUGGGCAUCUUCUGGAAAUGCGCGAGGAUAGGCGAAAGACUGAGCCCAUACAUAAGUAUAUGCUGUGUUCUCAUGGCCGUUUCCAUCCUCCUCAACUAA